UACUUGAAAUGUCAUGCUUACAUCAACGUGACAUUUGCAUGGAUCCCUAUGCUUGCCUUGCAUGUGUAUUGGAUUCAAGUGUUCUUUCCAUCCAACAAAACAAAAUGAGAAUUGCUUAUCAACUCAUAUCAAUUUAUAAAUUUAGUUUUAUAAAAAAAAAAAAAAAUUAUAAUUAAAGCAUUUCUGAAACAUAAAACAGACAAAAGAAAGUUUCCAAUUAUACAUCUUCAUCUUCGACGCUUGGAGUUGGAGAUGAAGAUGUGUUCCAGAGGAACAUGCCUAGGAAUACCCUGACACACGGAUGAUGCAAGCCACAAGAGUUCUAAGUUUUUUUUAGCUUAAUUAAUAUACAUUAUCAAUCUUCUUUUGCCGCGUGGUUUGAAACAAAGUGUGCCGACCUUUACAAUGUCUAUCAAAUGGGAUAUGAGGAAUAAAACAACAGCGGCCUUCCAACUUGUUCUGCUGCUUAGCAUGCAUGGGUCAUCAUCUACAGAACUUUCCUACCGUGGCCUUUCAAGUUUUUUUUUUUUUUUUUCUGCAGCUUAGUAAGCAUGGAUCAUCAUAGAAUCUUCUGAUUGGCUCUUAAUGAGCCUGGUCAUUGGAUUUAUCUGUCCAUAUCCAGUUUGAUAAUUCCAAUAACGACUCUUGUUUGGUCCGGAUGUUGAAAAGAUGGGUGAGCUGAAAUUCGGUUCCUCCAGGUUGGUGCAGAAUAUGUCUUGUUGUUAAUGAAGUGAUCAAAUAAAGAACUUGCUUGUCUCGGCUCUACUAUAUUAGCUUCUGUCCAUCUCUUUCCUGCGGAUCAUCUCCAAAGAAAGAUGGCAUCAAUUCCUUCCCGUGUAUGGCCUUCUGCAUUGCUGUCAAUAGUUUUAGUUGCUUUUUGCAGAUUAGCAGAUUGCUUUGAUCCCUUGGAUCCAAAUGGAAACAUUACCGUUACUUUCGACAUUCACCAAUGGACAACUGAUGGCUAUGUGGCAAGGGUUACCAUCCAGAACUACUAUCAGUAUCGCCAUGUGGACAAACCUGGGUGGAAACUAGGGUGGACUUGGGCCAUGAAUGAAGUGAUAUGGUCAAUAAGUGGUGCCUUUGCCACAGAGCAAGGAAAUUGCUCAUCCUUCAAAUACCAGGUACCACACUCCUGCAAGAAAGACCCUACCAUAGCUGAUCUCAUGCCAGGAGCCUUACCACAAAACAAGUCAGAGGACUGCUGCCGUGGUGGUCUUCUUUCUGCUUGGGCUAUCUACCCUGCCGCGUCAUUCUCUUCCUUUGAAAUUACAGUUGGCAACAUAGGGGAAAAUACUUAUGUGCAAGCGCCUCUAAAUCUUACUUUAAUGGCACCAGGUCCUGGUUACACCUGUAGCCCAGUUUUGGACACUGAUCCCACAGUUUCUUCAGAUGUUGGGGGUAGAAGACAAGUUCAGGUUUUCAGAACGUGGCGAUCAACAUGCACUUACUCGAGCUUUUUGGCAAACAAAACUCCAGUCUGCUGUGUUUCACUUUCCACAUUUUACAAUCCCAUGAUCACAUCAUGCCCCAAGUGCAGCUGUGGAUGCAAAGAUGCAGACAAAAGAACAGAAUCAUGCAUAAGCAGUACCGGAGAAUUUGACCGAUUAUCAAACCCGGAUUUGGAUGAUGUAGUUCAAUGCACUGAUCACAUGUGCCCGGUUCAAAUUCAUUGGCAUAUUAAGAACAAUUAUAUGAAUCAGUGGAGGGUGAAACUGACAAUUUCUAACUACAACUAUAGAAGAAACUUCUCAGACUGGAAUGUGCUGGUUCAGCAUCCUGGUUUCAGCCAACAAGCAAAAACAUACAGUUUCAACAAUACAAUGCUUCCCACGCUUGGGUUUGGAGAUGAAGUUGCUCUCCUUUGGGGGUUAGAGUUCUACAAUACUGAACUGUUACAUGCUGAUGAGGAUCAACUGGGUUCAGUGAACACGGAGAUACUUUUGACCAAGGAUUCUCACUCCUUUACAUUAAGCAAUGGAUGGGCUUUCCCAAGAAGAAUAUACUUCAAUGGUGAAAACUGUGAAAUGCCUCUCCCGGACACUUUCCCAAUGCUUCCAAAUGGUGGCUGCAGCUCAAGACCUAGUUACUACCAUAUCAUUCUUCUUAUAUUCUUCACUUUCGUAACACUAGCAACUUGGCUUUGAUCAAUAAAAUUCAAGCACUAUUCGAUUUUAUUUCUUGAAAAUUUUUUAAUUACCAAAUGGCUGAUGAUGUACUAUAUGUAUGCGUCAGAGUCUACAUGAACUAAUCCAAUGUAUUUGUCAAAAUUCUUCCUCAUGUACAACCUAUGAUUUAUUUUAGAAUGUCUGUGUUGAAACCAUGCCAAUAAAAUGGAUACAGAUGUUGAUGACAGUCAACUUGGAUGGUUACUCUCUCCUGCCAAAAGAAAAACCAGAUCUUCCAACUGAGCAGUCGAUCUGGCUCGAUCAGAAUUCAGAUACCUUAAAAUUCGAAGUAAUCUUUGCUCCAGGUGGGGUUAAAUCAUCCACACCGUAUCGGGGUCACAUGCAUCAUGGCAGAUCACAUGGUUUCAGAAUCUGAACAAAGAUGGUUGCCUCAUGGACAUAAGGUUCUUACGUGAUUGCCCAGGAGUCCUGCUGCGCCUGCGUGCGCACGUGAUGCUGCUUUGUAACUUUCAUUUUGGACACUGCUUGCAAUGCAAUGUGACAAUACUUGGCAUUGGCUUGUGUGGGAUUUCAGUCUAGAGGAACCUCAUUGAAUCAACUUUUUAAAGAUUUCAGUGGCAGAAUUUACCAUAAAAAUCCCCCAAAACCAGCUCCCCUCUCCAUCCUUGGGCCAUUCUCAUAGACAUAUGCGUGUAGUAUUUAUAUGGGUCACCAUGAAAACAGACAGUAC